AUCAGCCCUGCGAUUAGUGAUUAACCUAAAUGAUAGUAUUGAACCACCUGCUAGAUGAUUGGUCGUGUCUCUUCAACUUAUAAUGAUAUGGUUUUAUAGUAUCAUAGCGACCGGGCAUAGAUAGUGAACCGCGUUGUUCUGUCAACAACAGGAUAAAGUGUGCGCCCGCGCCCGCAUGAAGUGCAGUGUUCCGUACGGCUUCCCUGCCGUUUGUUUGCAACCGUCAUGCGGAGGGGUUUCCUUUACUCGGCACCUACCACAGAGUCAACAGAGGCUGCUGACAGAGUUGGCUGCAUGUUUUGAGAGUAGGGUUCGUUGAAAGCCGACUGUACAUUCCUGCUCUGGGCCAUUUCGUUUUGACUUUGACUUACGAUUCAAGAAUUUCUGCGCGGCUGGGAAGUUAUUACAAAAGGGUUUUUCUACGGUUUUGUCGAGUCGAAUUUCAAACCUUCGCCUGCUUCAAAAUGAGCUCCAAGACCAUCUUGAUACUUCUCCCCAUCUUCGUGGCGUACCUUCUGAUAGGAGGUGGGGUUUUCCACGUCCUGGAGAGCGCAGAAGAGAUCAAAGUUCGGGAGCGAGUUUUUGGGCUUCAGCAUACCUUCCUCGGCGGAGACUUAGUCGACAAACUACAACCCUUCUGUGCCGCGGACGCUGCGGGCGAACACGACACGAAAUGUUGUGUCCUCAGGGCAAACCUCACCACCAUAAGCGAUUUCAUGAUGUGGUACUUGCAAGAGACACUAGACAAUCUGACAAGCGCGCAAGCAGAAAACUCCAGCUGCAUCAGGAUGGAGAAUCUACCACUGAUAAUCCUUACACCAGACCAGCUGGCAGACAUUGUGGACGUUGUUGGCUUGUCUAUAGACCGGGGACUCGAUCCGAGGAGCACGGAAGGUGAGAGUACGCCGCUCAUGUGGAGCUUCCAGGGCGCGUUCGGUUUCACCAUCACGGUGGUGACGACUAUGGGGUACGGGGUAAUGUCGCCCGUUACCGUCGGCGGCCGGGUCUUCUGUGUCUUCUACGCCUUGCUCGGCAUCCCCUUGACGGCUUUCCUGCUCUCUAAGAUCUCCAAGGCGCUGCUGAAGCUUUCCAGCCGUGCGACCAAGAGAGUCUGCAAGGCUAGACCGCACUGGAACCGCGAGAAAGUUAACAAGGGCGCGCAAGCCUGUCUUCUGUUAAUGGGACUGAUCUUCUUCUUCGCCCUCCCCACCAUCACGGUCUGUACCACAGAGAACUGGACCUACUGGGAGGCCCUGUACUACAUGUUCAUCUCCUUGUCCACUAUCGGCUUCGGGGACUACGUCAUCGGAAAUAGAAAAGACAUCAACUACUCAGCGUUCUACUUCGCCGCCAUGUUCGUCUGGCUCCUGGGCGGCCUGGCUUAUCUCGUCUUGGUGUUCGAUCUCAUCACGCGCGGGUUGGAGAGUAUCGACGGGAAGGUCGAGUCGCUGGAAACCUCACCUGACGACAAGGGGGAAGAACUGAAAGAAAAGGAGCUUCCAGCGGUCGAGACUGUUCCUGAACGAAAGGCGGCGGGACACCCACUGUUUCAUCGACAGACCAAGGGCGCAACUCAAGGCUCGGCAUAGACUCACACCUCAAACAUGGUGAACCAUGAGAACAACAAAUCACGUAUCUAUAUGUGAGACUGUGGUACAUACGCGUUGACUUUACUAAAGGAGGUAUUAGAUAUAGAGUGAGAUAUAUUUUUUUCCAUUUAUAUCACCGGAUGCGAUGUACAUGUAACUGUAAGAACUCUUGUAUAGACGGUAUAUUCACGCUGAUAACUGGACAUGUAUGUCACAUAAGGCAAAAGACCACGAAUUAAAAGUCCAUCCCAGCAAAGUUUGACAGAACAUUGCACAACUCUUUUGUUCAGAAGGUUUUCACUGCAUGAAAUAAACAAUGUGUAGAUAAUGCAGCAGUCUGACCUCAUUUCUUUCUUUCUUCCUUUUUGGAUGAUUAAAUUUCUGUUCAGGAAUCAGAGCUUGACAUCCUGUCAAACGAUACACACAUGACGGUUACGUUAGUCCCAUUAUCUGUCAAUUCUUGCAUAAAUAGAAAUCCUACACUUUAU